CACAUUGAGAUUCACACACAACUGAACAUGAGAGAGUGAGAGGGAAGACUGACUGCUGCUCCUCCCUCCCUGACUGACUGGGGGCUGAGUGUGAUCAGGUUACACUGCUCGCUAUGGAACAGGCACCAGUGGAAGGCGAAGGGGUGAGGGACAGUUCAUAGGAAGAAGUGACUGUAGAGGAGUGUUGUGUUCUCUCUCACACAUGCCCCUGGUCUGGGUAUAAUGGACUGGCCCUGACAGCUUUGCAGAGACUUUGCUAUGUGCAUGUAGUAGUCGGAUGAAAUGACAUUCCCAGGCUCUGUCUCCUCAGCUCCUUGAGCCACUGGCAGCGACACAGCAACGGGCAACUAGCCAUUUACUGGCAUCUGGGCACACGGGCUGUUGUCGUGUGGCUUGAUGGCUUCUCCUUUAUACUGAGCAUUCACUGAGUGCAAGUUGUUGGGCUACUGUAAUGGGAUAAGUGCACUUGAGGAACAGCUACUGCUGCUGCUGGUGUCAUUCUAGCCAAACUGCCUGUGGAUUUGAAUGGGUCAGUCCCCAGUUUGAAGUCUCGUUUAGAUCCUCUGCUGGGUAUUUUACCCAGGCUGCCAUUCUAGAUGCUCCUCGGGGCAUCGUGGCUUUGCACCUCUAAAGGAGCCCAGAAGGCGUCCAGAGGGGAGGAAGAGGAGCGGAGAAGGGAGCGCAGAGGCCGAAGGGAAGGGGGAAGCGGUGGUGGCGGCGGAGGAGAGAUGGACGAGUCGUCGCUGUUGGAUCUGUUGGAGUGCUCCGUGUGUCUGGAGAGACUGGACACCAGUGCCCGGGUGCUGCCGUGCCAACACACCUUCUGCCGCCGCUGUCUGCACAGCAUUGUCAGCUCCAGGAACGAGUUGCGCUGCCCAGAGUGUCGCAUCCUGGUGGAGUGCGGGGUGGAAGAUCUGCCGGCCAAUAUCCUGCUGGUGAGGCUGCUCGAUGGAAUCCGCCAGAGACCCCGGGGCAGCCCCACUGACAGCCCCACAGCUACCGGACAGAAUGGCAGCAGCAACAACAGCAACAAUCACAGCAGUAACUGUGGCAGCCCAGGGUGCUCAGCCAAUGCCUCCUGCACCAGCAGCCUGAGGGAUCUAGCAGCUGCCAGCCAAAAUGCCCUCGUGCUGGCAAAGAAUAUCUCACAAUUGCCCUGUGGAAGAGCACUGUAUGCUUAUGAAGGCAAGGAACCAGGAGAUCUAAAAUUUAAUAAGGGUGAUAUAAUCAUUUUACGAAGAAAAGUGGAUGAGAACUGGUAUCAUGGAGAGCUGAAUGGAAAUCGAGGCUUCUUUCCAGCAAGCUACAUCCAGUGCAUAAAACCACUAACUCAACCACCACCGCAGGGCAAAGCACUUUAUGACUUUGAAAUCAAGAAUAAAGAUCAAGAUAAGGAUUGCUUAACAUUUACUAAGGAUGAAAUAUUGACUGUGAUAAGACGUGUUGAUGACAACUGGGCUGAAGGAAUGUUGGGAGACAAGAUUGGUAUUUUCCCCAUCCUGUACGUGGAGCUGAACGAGACAGCAAAACAGCUCAUUGAGAAGGACAAGAUGUGUUUAACAGCAGCGCAAGGCUAUGUGGUGCCUGUCUCAUUCGAUGCCAGCAUGUUAGUCAGUGUGACUCAAAGCCCUACUUUAAACAGUACCGGAACAGGCAGUGCCAACCAGAGGCACGUCAACAUCAAGAGGAAUACCAAGAAACGGCAUUCAUUCACUGCCCUGAGUAUGACGCACAAAUCCUCCCAUGCCAUGAAUAACAGGCAUUCCAUGGAAAUUAGUGCACCAGUAUUGAUCAGUUCUAGUGAUCCUCGUGCUGCUGCCAGAAUCGGAGAAUUGGCUCAACUUUCCUCCAGUGCUCCAGCCCAGGAUUCCUCAUCUGUGGCUGGUGCAGCAGGUCCAAAAACAGGCACGGUUAUUGGAGAGCAAGGACAAUCGCCAAAGAUUCAGUUGCCCCUUAACAUAUACUUAUCGCUUUAUGCAUACAAACCACAGAAAAAUGACGAACUGGAGCUGCGCAAAGGUGAGAUGUACAGAGUCAUUGAAAAAUGUCAAGAUGGAUGGUUUAAGGGAACAUCUCUACGGACGGGACAGUCAGGUGUUUUUCCAGGCAACUAUGUCACUCCUGUUUCCAGAGUACCCACAGGACUUGCUCAAGCUAGGAACUGCACCAUGGGGGCUUCACACCCAAUUAGAGGGUCCUCACUUGCAGUCCAUACAUCUACAGGUGGGAUGACAAACUGUACUAAUGUUGUCAGACCGAUCCUCCCUAUUACUGUGCCUCAGCUACACCCCCAUCAAUCACCAACAAACUCACAGACCAGCAACAUGAAGUCUUCAGCACCCCAGGCCCGUAGCACAAUACAAAUGGGUCAUUCUUCAGCACAGCCCCAGGAAAGGCCCACAGCCACUGUGUCACCUUUAAGGACUCAAAGUUCUCCAUCACGUCUUCCAGCGAACUUAAACAGGACACAUUCUAUUGUAUCUCCACAACAUGUUCAGCAGUCUGGCUUACCAUCUUCUCCCAUCCACUGUGCAAGACCGGUCAUUCCAUUGACAUCUGCUGCAGCAGCUAUAACUCCCCCAAAUGUCUGUGCGGCAAAUAUAAAUGGUGAGACGGCUAAUGGACCAAUCAGUUUGCUGACUGCCAGCCCUACUAACACAGGCUGUAGAAUGGAUGAAAGAAAAACUGAAAAGAGAGAGAAGAAGAGUGGACUUCUCAAACUGCUUACCGGAGCUUCUGCAAAGAAGAAGUCUCGAUCUCCGCCCUCCAUCUCGCCAACUCAUGACCCUCAAGUUGUGGUAGAAGGAAUGAUACAAGGAGCAGUGGCACUGGAGCUGUCUUCUAUGAAUAGCCAUGGCAGGGCUGGAUCAUGUCCUCUUGAAAGUGAAAUGCAAGGAGCAAUGGGAAUGCAUCCCUUGCACAGAAAAACUGGAUCUUUAGAUCUUAACUUUUCAUUUCCUUCACCAGUAAGACAACCUGCUUGUGCGAUGCUCGCGGUCCGACCUGAGCCCAAAACUUUAUCAAGGGAGAGGUAUCGGGUUGUUGUGCCAUACCCACCUCAGAGUGAGGCAGAAAUCGAGCUGAAAGAGGGAGACAUUGUAUUUGUUCACAAAAAACGAGAAGAUGGUUGGUACAAAGGCACUUUGCAGAGAAAUGGAAGGACAGGCCUUUUCCCUGGAAGCUUUGUAGAGAGUUUCUGAUGACUGCUCUCAAAAGUGAUUGUAUAGUUUCUUAAUCAAGCCGAAAGAGCAUCAACAUGAAAUUGUGAUAGCAUGAAUGGAAGAUCUUGUAGCUGGUGCUGGUGAUGUAAGAGAUGUGAUGUAAGAGAAUAAGCACAAGUCAACAAACGGGGUGCUUUAUCCUUUUUCAUUACCAUUUUGACUUCCAAAGAUUGGCUUGGACCCUUGAUUUCUACACCUGAAGAAAUGCCAUGAUAUAAAUGUCCUUCAAGAAGACUGGGUGGAAAAUGAAAUGGUUUUCUAAAGUAGUGCCUUCCUCUUAGAAUCAGUGGCGGAGAGGAUUCACAUGAUUUUAAUGUUGUUUGCUUACAACGAUCUAUUGAUGAUGACUGAAAUGUUUUAUGUAUAUUCUACCCUAACUUAUUUGUCUAAACUGCAGUGUUCUUAUUACUUGCCUAUGCAAGAAUGAAUAGGAAGAAUGUACAGGUUACAACAAAAUGAAGGUAUUGUAAUGCAGACUUGCCUUAGAUGGACAUGAUCAUUCAGAAGCCGCAAACAAAUUGGUUAUGUUAUUGUCUUGCAGUCUGCAACCACUUAUAGAAACAAAGCAUCAGUGGGGACUAAAUACAUUUGUUUAUGUGAUGUCUGUUUUGGGAGAUAAUAUAUUUAAUUAUUUGUCCUUGAAUACACUAUAGAUUAUUACAUUGUAUUUUCUUAUCUGGUGUUUUUAUCCAUUGUAAACCUUUUCAGUUAUUUUGAAUAAGUAUUUUGCAGUGGCAUUUGAAAGGCUAUGUUUUUGCCCAGCGUCUCGUCUAUGCCUCAUACUCCAUUGUUUACUUGGUGGUUUACGUAUAAAUCUUCAUAAUCAAUCAUUAAAGGAACGGUAACACCAAAAAAUGAAGGUGUUUUAAGUAAUGACAAUAUCAUGUAGGGUUACCCUGC